AUGCUGUACAUUGCCACUGGACCCUCAAAUACGCCUUUUAUUGAUAACUACAACACAAGUGGAAAUGAAUGUCUCGGUUGUGGUGAGAGGAAAAACAUUCCUACUGAAAAGAGUAUUAAUAGGAGGCGUAUACAACUCCAUGUACAUGGGAUUACUGCUAUUCUACUCCUGACAUGGAUGAGCAAAAGAAAAAAAAAAACCAUUAUCAAGUGGAAGCUGUGGAAAAGUCAAAUGCUUAUUAUGAGCAACUACCUCAUUGAUGUACUCGGAAUUGCAAUAAUAAAAAUAGUGUACCAAGUGGAGUUAGUGGGUUAG